CAGUCACAGCAGCAGGCCUUGCUGGUCCUUGGUCCAGCCUGCUGUCCUCGGGGCCCCGUUCAGCUGGGAGCCGCAGGCCCGCUGGCCCUGGUCUCGCGGAUGGGGACGGCUGGCCUCAAGUGCUUCCUGAUGUGGUCCAGGCCUCACCUGGGCUUCCCUGAGGAGGAGCCUCGGGGGAGAGUGGCUGCAGCCUUCCCCAGGGGUCAGGGGCUCCGCAGCCAGGGCUCCAUGUCUGGACCUCGUGUAGGCUUCACAGGGGCAGGUGGACGUUUUUGGCAGUUGGGCGUCUUUCAUCCUUUGCACGUCUGGAACCCCCCCUUACCAGAGUGGAGGGACCCCAUCUGUACUGGGGAGGGAGAGCAGGCUGGCCUGUGGGAGGUGCUGCUGUACGGGCCCCGGGGCUGUCGCAAGGUGUGGGCGGCUGGUCACCACCCCCUCUUCCCAUCUGUAGGGGCCGAGGAUCCCCUGGAGACCAGCCUGAGAGCCCACGGGGGCCGUGGCGCCAAGCAUGCACCGGAGAAGCGGCCUGUGCCCAUUCGGAGGAAAAGGAGCAUCGAGGAAGCCAUCCCCGCAGUCUGCAAGACCAGGACGGUCAUUUACGAGAUACCUCGGAGCCAGGUGGACCCCACGUCUGCCAACUUCCUGAUCUGGCCCCCGUGCGUGGAGGUGAAGCGCUGCACUGGCUGCUGCAACACCAGCAGCGUCAAGUGCCAGCCCUCCCGCAUCCACCACCGGAGUGUGAAGGUGGCCAAGGUGGAAUACGUCAGGAAGAAGCCAAAGUUAAAAGAGGUCCAGGUGCGGCUGGAGGAGCACUUGGAGUGCACGUGCACGACCGCCAGCCCGACCCCGGGCCACCGAGAAGAGGAGGCAGGAAGGCGUAGGGAGUCAGGUAAAAAACGGAAAAGAAAAAGGUUAAAACCCACCUAAUGCGGCCAACCAGAUGUGAGGUGAGGAUACGCCAGCAGCCCUCUCCCGGGACACGGAUGUACAUGAUGUGUUACAUUCCUGAACCUGCCAUGUACGGUGCUUAUCGCCAGCGCGGUCUUUGUUCUCCUCCGUGAAAACUGUCUCCAUGCACACCCUGGAGAACAAAGAGACAGUAUACGUUGUUUAUGUGACAUCAAAGCAAGUAUUGUAGCACUCGGUGAAACAAUAAGAAGCUUCCUUGUCAAAAAAAAAAAAGAGAGAGCGAGCGAGCAAACAAAACCACGAAACGCGACAAACAAAACUGACUCACAAAAAUAUCUAAACCGUUGCCGGAUCGGAGGGACGCCAUGGGGUGGAAGCGACAGGCGUCUCGGCAGACUGGAUCUCUGUCCAGGUGGUCACAGGUGCUCUUGCCAAGGACACGGAGCCUGCUUCCCGAAGACUGCAGUCGGAUGCUGACAGGCUCUGCGGGGACGCAGGAGCCGGGAGCAUCUCGGGAGCCGCACCCCCUUGCUGUAGUGUUUCAGUCUAUACAGAAACCUUCUGAGAGCCUUAAGUGGAUUUUUUUUUACACCAUAAAGUGAUUAUUAAGCUUUCCUUUUUACUCUUUGCCUAGCUUUUUUUUUUUAAUUAUCUCUUGGAUGACAUUUACACCGAUAACACCAGGCUGCUGUUAACAGUCAGGACAGUGGAACGGUAUCUUUCCUAGCAGGAUGCAAACGAAUGAGAUGUAUUAAAAUAAACAUGGUAUACCCACCUAUGCAUCAUUUCCUAAAUGUUUCUGGCUUUCCGUGUUUCUUCCUUGCCCCAUUUAAUUCACUUCUUAAUUUAAGCCCUUUCGAGACUGUGCGUGAGCCAAUCACCAUCCCCGAGUGUCCUGUCCCCAGAGUCCCCCCGCUUGCCACGGUGUGGGCCUCGGGACGUGGCUUCCCAAGUGGCUGCAAGGGGGGCUCCCUGCUGCUGCCAGGGUUUGGACAGAACGUAAACUCUUUAUUUUUGGUAAGAUGUUACGCUUAACCUGUAUUCAACAGAAACCGUGUGUGUGUGUGUUGCUUUUGUUUUUGUUUCUUUGUAAAGGUGAACUUUGUAUUUUUGUCUAAUAUUACCAGUUUUAUAUACUUGA